AUGGCGCUCUCCCCAACGGAGCGGGAGUUCGCGAGCUGCAGCGCCGAGGACGCGUCGGUUUCCCUCUACAGCCUCGACGCGCGCGCGGAGGUCGGGAUCUUUACCGGGCACCUCGACAACGUCAUCAGCGCGAGCUUCUCCGCCGACGGGAAGUACCUGGCGACGACGAGCAAGGAUCAGACGAUGAUCCUGUGGGAUGUGAUGACGGCGAAGCGGAUGGUCACCUUCAAGCACGCGCGGGUGGUGAUCUGCUGCUGCUUCUCGCCGGAUAGCAAAUACCUCGUGAGCGGCUGCCAGGAUCGGGUUUGUCGGCUCUGGGAUACCUCGCGGGGGCGGGAGUGGCUGCGCUACGAGCGCCAUCGCGGGAUCAUCAUCUCCGUCGCCUUCAGCCCGUGCGGGUCCUUCGUCUGCAGCUCCUCGGCCGACCGCACCCUGCAGGUGUGGUCCGCGACGAGCGGGAAGACGCGGCUGACGCUCGUCGGCCACCGCGGGAUCAUCCUCUCCUGCAGCUACUCCGCCGACGGGCGCUUCAUCAUCAGCAACGACGAGGCCGCGUUGAAGGUGUGGCGGGUCGACGAUGGCAGCUGCGUGCGGUCGCUCUCCCCGGCGGACGUCGCGGGCGCCCGGGGGCCCGGGAAGCUCCUCUGGACCCUCUCCUGCCGCGCCCCCGGCGGCUUCACGAACUACUGCGUCGCGGCCUGCAGCAACCGGUUUGUGUAUGUGAUUGAUAUCCAGACGGGGCGCGAGGUCGCGAGCACCUACGGCCGCGCCCCGGUGUACUGCCUUACCGUCGGGAAUCACGCCCUCACCGCGUUCGGUGACGCUUUUGGGAAUAUCUACCUCCUUCAGAUCGAGUAA